AUGAUGCAAAACGUACCGCCAGAUAUGUUUCAGUUUCUCCAAACGAAAGACAAAAUGUUGAAGAGUCUUAACAAUAAUUCGUCUCCCUUUUUAAUGGAAAACUUAUUGGGACAUCACGGUAGAUUAUCGCCUGAAAACCUCGAGAUAAAAAUUGAGGAAAACGCAGCCCUGGAACUCCAGAAAACGGCUGAGAAGCUGACGCAGGAGAACCUAAGGUUCUUCCAAGAAAACUACAAGAUGCCGUCGAGUCCCACAGACAGUAAUCGUAGUGAAGGUGAAAUUGAUCGACUCUCGCCAAAUGAACGUAAAGACAAAGUUUUAGAUUUCAAUAACUGUUUUAACAACUGUAAUUUUUUCCAAUGCCGGCUUCAAAGUGAUCAGAUACUUAAGGACAGUAAACCAGUACUUAAAUUCAGCGUUAGUGCCAUUCUUGGGAAGGAUGAUACCCGCAGGAAUCUACCCACUAAUCCCGUAGUGCACGUUACACCCCCAGCGCUAGUGGGUUUGGGUUCGUAUUUGAACAAUCAUGGGACAAGCAUUGCUAAACCGGUGGCGAGCAGGCCACAUUUCAACCCUCACUUACUGUUGACUCACUGCAGACCUCAACCGUACUUAACAGUAUCAACUCCAGUUUCUGGGACCCAGUCAGCUGUGUUUCCACUUCCGGGGACGUUCCCUUGGGCGCAUAGUGGAAGAGGAAAACCCCGAAGAGGAAUGAUGCGAAGAGCCGUUUUUAGCGAUCUGCAAAGAAAAGGUUUAGAGAAGAAAUUUCAAAUCCAGAAAUAUAUAAGCAAACCAGACAGGAAGAAAUUGGCUGAGAAUCUGGGACUCAAAGAUAGUCAGGUGAAAAUUUGGUUCCAAAACCGGCGCAUGAAGUGGCGCAACUCGAAAGAGCGCGAAUUGUUAGCAGCGGGCGGGUCCCGCGAGCAAGCCCUCCCCAAGAAAAACAAUCCCCAUCCCGAUCUGAGUGAUGCCUGUGACGAUAAACCGAAGCUGGAUCUCAGCGACGUAUCUCUGGACGUCAGUCCCGUUCCUUCUCCGGUCGACCGUCAGAGCUCGCCAUCCGAAAGGAAAACAAAAUCAGUUAACCCGGAAACAUUCAGAACUGUCAAUCAUAACAGUUAUCAUCAUCAGUACGAUCACAUAGACUAUGAUAGUUCGGUUAAUGACAGUGAAGAAGAAAUUAAUGUUACGUGAUUCCAUGUA